AUGGGUGUGCUGGGGCCGCCGCGCCGCGCCGCGCCGCCGCAGGGCCGCAGCGCGUCAGGAGGCACGCCAGGCACAGUGCCGCGGGAGGCGUGGGCGUGGCGCGCAGACCCACGCGUGGAGGCUGCCGUGUGCGGGCGGGCGCGGGUGCAUGCAUGGCGGGCGAGGGGCUGCCGAGGGUGUCGGCGGCCCGGCACACAUGAGGGCGGCCCCGAGGGCGGCCCCCCCGCAGCCAGCACGCCGGCCAGGCAGGGCGGGGAGGCGGGCCACGGCGGCCACAGCCCCGCCGUGGCCCGCCUCGUGUGGCCCAUCGUGGCGGUGCUGCUGGUGGUGGCCAUCGCCGGCCCGGCGCUCACCUGCUACCUGCUCGUCAAGGAGUACGUGUCGGUGCUGGAGCGGCAGAUCCGGGACCUUCGCGCGUGGCUGCUUGCCGCUCGUGCCUCGUGCCGCAGCGCGCCCUGGCGUGAGCACCAGGCCAACCAAAGAGCGAGGGAGACCCAACGCAAGAGCACGGAAUUACCACGCGGGUUCAACCAGAAGAUUUCACGGAUGGACGAGGCGCUCACCCAGUUCACGGACACCCAGGCGGCGUUCUGCAAGGAGCUUCGGGACAACUUGGGAGCGAGGUUGGAAAAGCGCGGACAAGAACUUGAGGCGCUGUCGGACCAGAUCGCUGCGCUGGUGCGGACGACGACCACGCAGAUUACGGCACUGGAGAAGGCAGCGUCCGACCAGAUGUACGCAGGGCAGAGCAGCAUAGAGAAGACGCUGGCUAUCACGCAGGCAAUACGCGACUCGCAGCUCCGCGCUAUACAGAACUACCACAAGCAAACGUUCCUACCCGCCGCCGCCGCUGUCGCUACCAUACUCACGGAACAGGCCUCGGCGCUGACCUCCAUGGGAGUUGAGCUGAUUACAAAGGUUGAGAUGCUGCAGGACGUGUAUCUGACCUAUGCCACGCGCGAAUCGGACGCCCUCAAGAAACUGACGCAGGAAGUGGAAAUGUUCGCCGCGAAGCACAGCAACCUGGCGGCGAGGACACGGGACCACGCCAGGCAGGUCCACCUCGGCGCGGACAGCUUCGUCAGGGAGAUCCAGAACCGCAUGAACAACGUGGUUAAAGAGUUGGUCCUGAUCCGUAUGCAGAGUCAGAACUUCGUGGCCGCCAACAACGACGCCCACAAUGAUAUCUCCUAGGUAAGGAGUUAGGUUAGCGUGAACCAGACCCAGGUGGCGGUGGAGACGCUCUCGCAAGGCCUGAAGCAGAGACUAGACAACGCGACGGAACUCCACCAAGACUUCAGGAACGUGUUCAAGAAAGAGACGGACCAUAUAUCGUCCACGGUGGAGGCUGGGAUAAGCGAGGCUCUCUUCUCCAACCACGCAUCGGUGAGCCACGUUGAGGAGGCGGAGCUGGAUACGCGGGUGUUCGUGGGGACGGCCAGGGCGGCUUGGGAGGAGCUCUACCUAUCACAGGAGGCCGAGCUACGGAAGGAAGCAGACUCCCUCACCCACGGCCUUCAGAGUCACACCCACCACACCCAGAACGUCCUAGCGGGCAUGAGGGCAACUGCGGAAACUCAUGAACUGGUGUUGGAGGAGCAGCGCAUGAAUUUCCAGCAGUUCAUCCGCAAGAGACAGGACGCGCUGGACAUUCAGUGCUCGGCCGUGAGCGACUGGGCGACGCUCAUGUCCACGGAGCUGCGACGGCGGGACGAGGACCUCCACCGCUUCCUGAGUGAAGACCUCCACUACAACACAGUCACCGUUCCUGAUGAUGGCGAUGAGUACAAAAUUUCCCGACGCCAAGAUGGGUCGUGGGCAUACCAGUCGGGUCACGCCCACACCCAAGCCCACCCCCCGGGACCCACCCACACCCGCCCGCUCACCUCAAAUGUGACACAUCAUCUCGCAAGGGGUGCCUAUAGCGGCGCAUCACACAGCACCACACAGCAAUCUAGUCGGAACGCACGCCCCCAGAGCCACACGGGCCGGGCCACACCACAUGCCCUGACCCCGGACCCUAAAGCCACCACUGCCAGCCACAGGGACACCACUACUAGGGAUGAAGACCCCUCCUCGCCUGACGGGGACACCAGCGCUAUCACUGCCAACACCGGGAACACCAGCGCCGCACACCACACACUCAGCAUUGCCGGAACUCACACCAGUCUUGGGAACGCUCGUAACACUGAUACUCUGAAUGGAAGGGAUAAGUUAGCUGCUAGACGAACCGGUCAUACUAGGAACACUUACUCUCCUGAUACUUUUACGGAUGGAUGGGAUAAGAUGACCACUGCAAGACGAACCACUAAUACCAGGAACACUUACACUCCUGAUAUACCUACUGACAGAAUAGAUAAGGUAGCUGCUAUAAGACACACCACUGGGAUCACUCAUACUCCUCAUUCUCAUAAAACUGAUACAAACAAUGGAAAGGGUACCCCAAGCUCUGUAGGGCAAACCACCACUCCUGAGACUACCACCAAGGGAAGGAAUAAGUCAACCGCCCUUAGACACACCACCAGCACAGGGGACAUCACCACUACCUCCUCCUCCUCCUCCUCCUCCUCCUUCUCUUCCGUUAUGGACAACCCGAUAUCAGCAAGACAAACCUCCGCCACCACCAUCGCUAAUUUCUCUACCAGAGCAAAGCCUAUCACCAAUACUAAGGACACCAGAGAUAGCCACACCCCCACCUCCAUUAGUACCAGACACACCACCACCUCUACCAUCACCAGGGACACACACACUCCUGCUUUACACACCACAAGCCUGAGCAAGGACAAUAAUGACACCCCAAGUUCUGCCACAGGUAUCGAAAGCAUAACCAUGGAUUCUAAAACGUUCUUGAAGGCUUCAAAUACCACCAACACCAAGACUAACACUACCACUAACACCAGCAGUAACACCACCUCCCUCACCGGUGUAGCAACCCAAGAUCACAGGCAAGGAAAACAAACAUCUGGUGAUUACGAGGAUGAGAGAGAGACCGCAAUGAACGUACUUACACUGGCCGAGGAUGCUUCCCCUGCCUCACCCAAUCACCCCCUCAUCCCAACACUGCGCACACCCUCCCUCGCCCCCGCCUCACAGCCCCGUACCCCCCCUCACCCGGCCCUAGGGGAAACAGAGGUGCCAAGUUCAAAUCACCUGGAUGAGGGAAGUGGCAGUGAGUGGGAGGAGAAGUGGGAGGCGAUGGUUGGGGAUCGUGACAUGACUAACAGUGAAAUGAGGCCUCACUUCACCCCUUUGGAAACAGAUAAGGUCAUGGAGGUCACUACUAAUGCUGGAACAGGCCCUCACUUCACCCCUUUGGAAGCAGAUAAGGUCACGGAGGUCACUACAAACACUGAAACAAGCCCUCACUUCAGCCCCUUGGAUAUAGACACAGCCAUGGAGGACACUACCAUGGCUGAGACAACCCCUCACAUUAGCUCUCGUGAAGAAGGUACGACUGCAGGUGUCUCAUCAAAGAUAACGUUGGACAUUGAUGGAGUCGAGGGUUCAGUGAAGACUACCAGGACAGAGGGGGAUACUGACGCUGGUGAAGAUGCAGUACAGGACCAGGAGGGCAGCACGGAAGCAGUCUCCAUGCGCAAACAGAAUGAUGGAACGUAUGAAAACCCGCCGUGCAGAAUUAUGUGUCGGGAGAACGGAAAUCGAGAAAUGCACGACAGGAAGAUUUUAAGUGAGGAAGAUAAGGAUGAGAGUAUUGAAAAAACAUCUUCCUCCUCUUCUUCCUCCUCUUUGAAGAUCCACAACGAUGAGCAUAAGGACGAAGAUGACACAAAAAACUCUUCCUCCUCUUCCUCCUCCUCCUCUAAGGCCUACAGCGAUGUGAGCGAGGACGAGAUUGUGAGGAACUUCCGCAAGAUCCUCCAGGAAGCCCAUGCAACCAUACAGAGGUUCCGGAAGGACUUUCAAUCCCCGGGGCACGUCACCUUCGCCAACGCUACGCCCGCUGUGCCUUGGGAGAGGUUCCUUGCUGGUAAGGCUGAGCGGGCGCGAGGCGGAAACAACAACAACAUCAAGGAAACAAACACCCCUAGCAAUGUUUCAACACCACCAAAAUCAACAUCUUCAGACACCACAGAAGUAGAUAUCACCACCAACACCACCACCAACACCACUGAAGGUCACAAUGCAGGAGCAACAGAGGAUCGAAACCCAUUUAAGCCAAGCACUAAAAGGAAUCCAAUCCGCCACAGUGCAGGGAAGAGGAAGUCCGGGAGAUCCACAAGGGAGAGAGGGAAAGGGGACAGAAAGAGGAGAAGAAAAGGAGGUGGAAAGAAGAAUAAGAAGGGAUAGAUGAAAAGCUAAGGAGUAGAAAAUAAGAAUGAGAAAUGAGGGUAAGGAGAGGAAGCAUUGAAGGAGUUUAACCGUGUACCAGCGACGGGCAAAAUUUGUGGCGUUACCAUGUACCAGUGACAGGCCAAAUUUGUGGCUUUACCAUGUACCAGUGACAGGCCAAAUUUGUGGCUUUACCAUGUACCAGUGACAGGCCAAAUUUGUGGCUUUACCAUGUAGCAGUGACGGGCCAAAUUUGUGGCUUUACCGUGUACCAGCAACAGGCCAAAUUUGUGGCUUUACCAUGUACCAGUGACAGGCCAAAUUUGUGGCUUUACCAUGUACCAGUGACAGGCCAAAUUUGUGGCUUUACCAUGUACCAGCAACGGGCCAAAUUUGUGGCUUUACCAUGUACCAGCGACAGUCCAAAUUUGCGGUUUUACCGUGUACCAGCAACGGGCCAAAUUUUUGCCAUGAUAUAAACCCCAAAAAAUAGAUGAUGCAUAAACUGAUCACAGAUGUGUUGAUAUAUAUUAUGAAAUGGUUUGUGUGAGUGAUGAUUUUUUCUCAUUUUUCGCGCUUAGAGGGAAGGGCCUUUAAGAAACAUGAUCCCAGCAGCUACCAGGUUGAGUCACAGGAAGGAGGAAAUACAGAUAGGCUUUGGAAACUGAAGAAGGAAAUGUGGUGUGAAAAUAAUGAAAACUGAUGGAAAAAGAAGCGACCAAAAUGUGUGAAAGAAAAAUAGUGACUAAUGUUGAUAGAUGAAAGGAAAGGAGAGGAAAAGAGAUCAGUGAAAUAAUUGUGAAAAGCAAAUAUGACUAAAAAAAAGGAAUAUUUGAACGGGAUAAAAAAGAAAAUAAUGAUAAAAUGAAUUAGAAACGAACAACAGGGAGAGAUAGAAAAAUAAAAUGAAGUAAAAAAUAAAGAGAGAAAAAGAAAAAAAAGGAAACGUAGGAGACAAAGAAUGAAAGAAAAAAGAAAGAAUGAAGGAAAAAAAGUGAAAAUAUAGACUGAUAAUGAUGACUGGUUGUGAAGUUAACCAGAAAAAAAAUAUAUAUAUAAAUAAAUAAUUAACUGAAUAAAGGCAAUGAUGAAUGUGGCGAUGGUGGUGCUGAGAGAGAGAGAGAGAGAGAGAGAGAGAGAGAGAGAGAGAGAGAGAGAGAGAGAGAGAAACACACACACACACACACACACACACACACACAGACUUAAUAUCGUCCAAAUUUUUUUAAGGUCAGGGAAUUUUGAUCUGAUAAUGUUACUGUAAAUCCUUAAGGUAAUUUGCACCUCCAUUUGAUAGUCUGAGAGAUUGUACUAAUUCAAACUACUCUAAAUAUUGUAAGAGAAAGUAAGUUAAUCCUCGGUCUUAAUUAUAGGAGCGCAUGUGUGGUUUAUAUCCAUGUCUUGAGUCGUUAGCCAGGCAUAACUUUUUUUAUAGGGGUAAUUAAUGUGUGUGUGUGCAUGUGUGUGUGUGUGUGUGUGUGUGUGUGUGUGUGUGUGUGUUGCAGUGUUCCGACGCCUGACUGCAUCUGUUCAGGGUCGUCUUACUUGUGUGUGUCUGUUUCUCUGCCAAUUUCCGCCAGUCUGUUUGUGUUCCAAGAUUGUGUAGGUGACCAAAAAGUGUUCCUUAAUGCUUUCCUCCUCCUCCUCCUCCUCCUCCUCUUUGUUUCUUCCUUCUCCUCCUCUUUUUUUUUUUCUUCCUUCUCCUCCUCCGCCGCCUCCUCUUUUUGUUUCUUCCUUCUCCUUCUCCUCCUCCUCUUUUUGUUUCUUCCUCCUCCUCCUCCUCUUAAUUUUUCCUCUCUUUGCUUUUUCUUCAUUCUCCUCCUCCUUAUUUUUCCUCUUUUUUUUUCCUUCUCCUCCUCCUCUUUAUUUUUCCUCUCUUUACUUCUUCUUCUUCUUCUUCUUCUUCUUCUUCUUCUUCUUCUUCUUCUUCUUCUUCCUCCUCCUGUACAUACCAGGCUUAUAAUAUUUUGUAGUUGCACAAAACUACAUACUAAUAAUAUGUACUGUGUACACUGUAUUCUAUGGCCACUACCUACAACCCAUCCAUGCCCCACCCACUAUGACCAUACACACUGUCUGCCCCUUCCCUCCUAUCCCCCUCCCUUCCUGCUCUUCCUUUCCUUCUUACCCCUCCCUUCCUGCCCCUUCCCUCCUAUUCCCUAUCUCUACCUGCUCUUCUCUUCCUUCUUACCCAUCCCUGCUAUUCCCUUCCUUCUUACCCAUCCCUCCUAUUCCCUAUUCCUUCCUGCCCUUCCCUUACUCCUUCCUAUUCAUCCCUGCCCCUUCCCUCAUAUCCCCAUCACUUCCUGCUCUUCCCUUCCUCCUUCCUACUCAUCCCUGCCCCUUCCCUCCUAUUCCCUUCCUUCUUACCCAUCCCUACCCCUUCCGUUCCCUUCACUACCCACACAACACACACAACUUACCCCUCAAUCCCCAUCCUUGCCCCUUCCCUUCCUUCACUACCCAACCCACACAUAGUCUGUCCCACCCCCCUGUCCCUUCCCUUCGCUACCCACCCAACACACACAACUUGCCCAUCACCCCACAUCCCUUCUCUUCCCUUAACUACCUAUGCCCCUCACCCCCCCUACUUGCCCCUUCCCUUCCCUUCACUAACCACCCCCCACCCCCACCCCCUCCCUACCCAAAGAUGCCCCUUCCUCCCUGUUUUAUAUAUGUACAUCUCCUUUUUUACUUCUUAAUGUUAGUGAGCUGUUUUUUGUGUUUGCAGUAGCUUAAUGUUUUUCCUCGACAAGGUUCUAUAUUUUAUUUUUUCAGUUCAUAGUGUUUUCCUCCUACCAUGUUAUAUAAAGACACACUUUUGUUAUUAUGCUGUAAAAUGGAUGAUCUAUAAGUUAUUUCAGUCAUGUAUUUACCUAUGAUAGUGUUUAGUUACAUAUAGUUGCGUUAGAGAGAGAGAGAGAGAGAGAGAGAGAGAGAGAGAGAGAGAGAGAGAGAGAGUGUGUGUGUGUGUGUGUGUGUGUACUAAACUUUGUUCCUAUGUUACCCUCGUGUCAAUACUGUCAGUGGGAAUCAACCCGCUGUCUGGUUGUUGAUAUUUGUCACUUUAAGUUUUGAUAAAGCCACAAAUGCCGCACAGCUGUCAAUGUUUUCGUGCAGGAGGCGAUCAUGUGCCUUUUUGUAGCCAGGAAAUAGAACGCUGUGUUUUGUA